AUGGCGAGCUGGGUGGCUUUGAACGUUGAGCCCGACGAUGCGGUCGAAGAAGAGGUGGAUGACACCAAGGAGCUUCAGAUCGAAGAAGCGCUGAAGCUGUACCAUAAUGCUUUGAAGCUGCACUCCCAAGGUCCGGAUUUCUACACUCAAGCCGCCGAAGCAUACGACGCCCUACUCAACUCGGAGAUCUUCAAAUACCCCGAAUCGAUCUCGGACUUUAAACGGGCGACCCUGCCAGACGCGCAGUCCACGGAACCUGUUGACGAAAGCCCGACGGAUGCGAUUGUUGAGUACAAUGUCAGCGAUUCGACAUCCAGCCUAUUCCAAACACUCUACCUGUCCCGCAAGAACUACGGCAAAUACCUCCUCGACGUGCUGCACGAGACCCUCCGCGAACCCCCAAAAGACGACGACGCAGCACGAAAGAUCUCCAAAAAGUCCUUCGAAGCGACGAAAAAGGCGCUUACUUCAUUCGCUGAAGCGCUAGAGCGCGAUGACACCGAUCUGAAUCUAUGGAGGCAAAGUGCACGACUUGGCAGCGCCCUACAAAGUUACCGUUUGAAUCGAUUCUGCUUGGAAAGUGUGCUGGCAGAUGACGACAAUCGGCUGGAAGUGCGGCCAGAGCAGCUAGGCCUGGAGGAAAUUUUUUCAGAGGAGCGACUGCGGAGUGCUUUGAAAUCCCUCUUUGAUGGAUUGUCAGCUUCUCAAAUCCCCGUCAAGAAGCCCAAGAAGGCCUUGGUGAAGUAUUUAAAGAAGCACGAAGACCUCUACGAAUAUUUGCCCAACCUCCCAGACGAUCUGCAACUUCUUGAUCCGUCCAAAGGUCCUCUUUCUCUCUCGACUUCUCGCCUGGAGAUCACACCAUCUGAUGCAACAUGGGAGUCAGUUGGUCAAUCCAUACUCGAAGCACUCGACGAUGAAGAUGAUGACUCUGAAGAUGAUGAAGACGAAUCCAUCACAGCAUCUCCAAACCGCGCAAUUCAAAUCGUUCUGCCGGCGAGGGAUUCAACGCCCCAGGAGGACGAGGAAAUGGCGGAACCAGAUAAUGCCCCUGAGAAUGAUGAUGCCCAAGUCAGGCCUGAAAUAGCCUUUGCUGACAUGCCCCAAGUCGGCGAGCAAAGUGCCGAGACCGAGGCCGAACAGCCUCAGCCCGAACCUGGUCCAGGGCCAUCAGAGCCGGGCGAGGAACAUUCGUCUAUUGAUCAGAGCGCAGAAAAACAACUCAUGGAAUCACUUGAAGGGGAAUCUGCUCAAAUUCCUGAAAGACAGGGGAGUGCAGGUGACGAAACCAAUGCCGAGGAGGCAGACCCGAAGUCUCCAUCUGAGACUCGGAAGCGAUCAUCUGCCUCAGCUGCCAAUGAUGAUUUCCAAGAGGGAGGCAGGAUGAAAAGUCGACGAACUCGAGCUCGAGAAUCUAAUGCGGAUGCACUCGUUCAGCCGGAAGAGAUCGCAUUUGACCAAGAAAAAUACUACGAAGAUCGCCUUGAAGUCUUUGUGAAUGCGGAUGAGUGGAUGUUCAAUACUAUCAACUCCCUAUUCUCCAAGUUUGACAUGCAGGCAUUGGGCAGCAUUGAGAGCCUGAAAGCCACCGUGGCGGCCGUGAGUGAUUCUAGCGACGUGCCAGAAGAGCCCGAGGCUCGAUUGUUCCAAGACUUCCGUGGUAUUAUCAAGAACUGGAAUGAUGAAAAGUCUCGCCUCAUGCAACAAAAAGAUGAUCUCUCUUCACUCAAGGAUAUUCGCGGCAGCAGCAAGUCUGGGCUAUCCGUCUUCCUUGAACAUUCUAGGAAAGCUACCAGAAAACCUCUGGUCCAAGAAAUUUCCGCCGGAGAGAAAGUGUACGCUUUUUGUGAAAGGGUAAACCGAGACUGGUUUCACCAACAUGCAUGCUUGUAUGAGUGGCUCAAAUGUCUUCUCAUGCCAAAUUUCGGAGAGGACACUUCGGACUGGUCCGUCCAAAACUCGACAUACAUAUCGUCCCAGUGGCCCGAAGAACUUAAAGAAACUGUCGUCGAACUCUUGGUUCGAGAGGACGAGUUCUUGUACACAAGGAUGCAGGAGUCAGUUGCAAGCCUCGAGCGACGCAUUCUUGACUUAAAUACAGAAAUGCCUUUUGAAUACCAGACAAGUGACCUCGCCAACUUGGAAAUGAUACAGUCUAUCUAUGAGCUUCAUUUGGAGAUAUACUCUUCCGUGGACGCCAUGGACACGAAAGAUAGCCAAGAGGAAAAAUCCGCGCAAAAAGAACGUCUUGGCCGAUGGGGCACGUUGUCGCGCUUCUGCCUUGAGGUCUUCAUUGAGAAUUGCCCAUCCGAAGAGCCACGACAAAAUCUUUGUCUCCGCCACUUGUGGACAUCGGUUUUCCACCUCAAUCUUGCGGGCGAGGCUCAGCGCGAGCAUGUCCUACUUUGUCUGCAAGAUCUUAAAUUUAUUCUUCAGUCCAUCGGCGACCCUUCCAUCCAUCUUGUGAACAACUCCGUCAUACCUGAACUAUCUAACGAAGCGAUAGACCAGGAGAUGUUGAAACUGAAGUGCAUGGACUUCUUUGCCAAGGUCUUUAACCCCGGGGACGAAGACCCUGUAUCACUCAUUGAAGCGAUUGAGCCAAUUCUCGAGCCAUCAUCCAUAGAAUAUCCGGAAGGUAACUCCGACACGAACGAUCUGAAUGAGCCCCCAUCUCAUUUCAGCGAAAUGGCCUCCUUCCUUGACCGGGGAGACGCUACUUUGCGACUAUUUUUGUGGCGGAGGCUGCAGGAGACCUAUCAAUCCAUCGACUACCCCCCGAAAGUUGUUUCCUGCUAUCUACGCAGUAUCGAAACUGUCAUGAAAGAGCUAGAACAUAGCAAGCACACCGAAGAAACAAGCAGCCAUCGCCAAGUCGCUUUGCUUGGUUGGUUGAAGUCUCUUGAUGGAAUACUAGCCAAGGCAAUACCGCUGAUCUUGCAAGACCCCAGGAAGGCUUAUGAGUGUGUUGAUAUGGAUCAUUUACAUGCUUCCAUGUCCGCAGUGGCCCGGCUGGCCAGACUUCUCCAAAGCUUCAUUCUCUACGAGGACUCAGUGCGUGUCGGACAAAUUUCUGGAAGAGAUCUUCGAGGAUCACUGGCGAAGUCACUUGAGAACUUCAAGGAAAGGAUGCGGGAACUGUAUGUCCGUUGCUGGAUUCUACAAUAUACCAUGUUCUUGGAGGCGAUAUCUCAGAACCAGGGUCUCUUUGAUGAUCCGCUGGAAGAUCGUAUUCGUUUUCUUCGGAGUGUGCACAAUUCGCUUGGAGUUCGGUCCAUGUGCAGAUACUCGCAGAAGCGUUUCCUCAAGCUCAUCAAAUCCGAACUGCUCAAUCUCGAAACCAAGGGAGACUACGAGUUUGACAUCUACCAGGUCCUCUAUGACCUCCAUGGGAUCAAAUUCUCUCCAACAGAUGGCACAGCCGACCAUGGAUGCUCGACCGAGAAGCUAGAUCGGCCCACCGCAAUCAUGAUGAUUGAUUUCGUGAUGAAACAAGCUAAGAAAAUGAACAUGAAAGACCUCUCUAAAUCUGAGUUGAAGACUACGGUCGAAAAGAUGCAAGCAGCGAUCGGUCCUGUCAAGCCAUCGUCUCAAUCCCCGCAGAUGAAUUUCAACCGUCGCACCAUCACCACUUACUUCAAGAACCCUAUCAACCCUUCAAAUCUGCUUCGAGCUGUCCAAGGAGUCACGGAACUUCCGCUGCUACCGGUUCCCGGGGAGAAUGCAACAAUUGCUGCGAAAGGCUGGUAUUUUCUUCUUGGUCAUGUCUCUCUCACAAAGUUUCGCUCUCAAAAGCGUCUUGGUCCCGGCUCAGUUUCAGAGUUAGAUGAUGCAGUCAAUUUCUUCCGACAAGAUUUAGAGUAUGGAACAGGCAGGUGGGAGACCUGGUAUCGACUUGCGCAGGCUUAUGACACCCAACUCGAGGAAGACAUCACAUGGGCAGCAGACAAGAUGAACAACAACCGCAGUGAUCUGGCAACAACGCAGCGAUAUGCAAUCCACUGUUAUGCUAUGGCCGCAUCAACGGCCAUCGGAACUGCCGAGCCAACGACGGAAACCCGAGACUUGCUGUCCGAUCUGUACACCGAUUUCGGUAUACGGAUGUAUUCCUCGUCCCGGGAACCUCUUUCCAUGGGCGCCUUUGGGGUUGCAGACUUUUCGCGCCACUUCAGUAAUGCGGAAAGCCAGCAGAUGUACAAAGCCCAGCCCUUCAAGGAAAUGUCUCUAUACUCAGUAUGGAACUUCGCCAGCAACAUUCUAAGGAGGGCAGUCAAUGCCAAACCCGGGCGUUGGUUGGCGCAAUACUUCCUCGGGAAGUGCCUUUGGAAAAUGUUCAGCUGCGAUGAUUCAAUGCGGACAACCUCGAGGAAGGUUGAAAUGCACGAUGUCAUCGAUGCAUUGCUUGAUUCGAUUGCAGCUCUCCCACAACGUAAAGAUUCUCGCGCUGAUCCCAUUUUUGAGCCUCACUUCAAACUUUUGUCUGUGGUGCACAAGCUCGUCACCAGAGGAGCCAUGACGGUCACCGAGGCAAGCAAAACACUUUCCGUUUCACCAUGGGCUCGCAAGGUCGAUACCCCUGAAAACAUGGAGGGUUGGAAACCGUACAUUCUUGAAGUAAUCAAACGUUUCAAGAGUGCCGAUAAGUCGAAUUGGCACCAUCGGAUGAGUGCAAAGGCUGCCCAUAUCAUUUAUGAUGACCAGCAAAAUGCAGCCGCAGCAGCUGCUGCAAAGCAUGAAAUGUCUCAGAUAUUCACAAAAACGCUCACUAUCCAAGUCUGGCGACCAGAAUUUGAACGCCCUGGCAGGCAUUUCGUAUACACAACGCGCUACGUGUAUUUCUUCAUCAGCCUUCUGGAUCAGCUCGAUGACCGUGCUAGCCUUGAUCAGUUGCUGCGCCGUGUUAGAAAGAAACAAGGCGACUUCAUCAACCACUCCAAAUUGUGGGAGGAUGCCUGCUCGACCUACGCCAAGAUGAUUCGCAGGGCGGCCGGUAUCAACGAAAAACACGAGGAGUCUGUUUUCAAACCAAUUGGCUGGGAGGAAUUUUCGACAAAGUCGGCACGUCUUGAACGUCUGAAGAAACUUUCCGAUGACAGCAUGCCUUUGCUAGAACUCGUUCGUGAUUCCCUAGAUUUGAAGAAGCUGAACAACACCCUCUUGAAAGUCACUAUGUUCGAAGAUCUUGUUGCGGACCUGUACUCCCGUGUCUAUGAGCUGAAUCUGCCCCAGCUCGUUGAACAGGCCAACGAGGAAAACAAAGAGAAGAUGAAAGUCAAUCAUCUCCUCAUGUCGGGCGAUGUGACUGCGGACGUGUCAGCGCCCACAACACCUGUUCCAGCCUCAGAUACUCCUGCUCCUCGUGGUCGUACCAAGGGAAUCUCUCGUCGCGACAUCCAAAAGCGAUCUGACACGCUUGUCAACCUGAAACUUGGCCCGCGCACCGCGGCUAGUAAAUUCACCACUGCGACAGAGACCGAGCAGACUGCUUCGACCCCGCGCGAACCCAACACAACUAGCUUGACUGAACUUAAGUCCACCCCACAGGACUCUGGCAAGCUGAUGUCUACUGCGGGAGAUAAUGCAAAUGCCCAGAAUGUCGGUCUCGAUGGAGUAAAUGAGAGCGGUGAUGACAGCGAUGCGACUGAGACAGACGCCACGAGAACAAACAACCGAUCAAAGAAGCAGGGUGCUUUGAUCGAUUCGAAGAAAGAGACGGGCGAAGUCGAGACUGAAAAUGAUGAUGCCGGUAGCGGCAACGAAGGCGCCGACGAAGGCGAAGGCGAAGACGAAGAUGGUGGAGAUGACGAUGGUGAAGGAGACGCCGGCACGACCGAGGCUGAGACUGGUGGCGAAGAGCCCCAGGAAGGCGAUGACGCCGGUGAUGAAAUGCAGGAUGGAGAUGGAGAGGACCAGACUGCUGCUGAAAGCAAGGCUGCGGACGGAGAGAAUGACGAGUCCGCCAAAGCCACCGGGGAUGAAGGCGCAGAAUCCACUACAACAGUCAAGAACGAGGACACGGAGAAUCCAGAGCCUAUGGAUACCUCGUCUGCGUGA